GACUUAUAGUUUUGAUUGUGUCCUUAUCUUGUUAAUGUCUUCUGUAGCUCCACCUUCACCUGUUUAGCAACCAGUGGAUGGUUUUGUGCUUGCGAUGGUCCUGUGGCUCUUGAGUUACGUAGCCUUUAGGCUCUUCUGCUUCAUCAUAUGUCAGAUCUGUCGCAGGUUUGGCUUGCAUUUGAAUGAGCUGUUUACCAAAGGAGAGAAUGACUCUCUCCGUCAGUUUGGGAGCUUGUCAGGUGUAAAGUGUGUCGGGAAGGAGCUUAGGAUCAGCCAUGAGGGAUGGAAUAAUCUUCUCAGAGGAUCUAAUAUUCCACUCAGAGUCCAGUGUGGUGGAAUAGAUAACUAUGAAUUUCAAUUUGGUUGGUCCAUUUUGUUAGGACGUUUUUCUUUGGAGGCUCGCGGAGUCUACCUCCUUGCACAGACAACUAAUGAGAGGUAUUAUGAUCAUGAGUGGCAAUUGGAGAAGAAACUUGAGCUAAAGAGACAGCUCGUACGGAGGUUUGAGCAACUGGAAGGGAAAGCAAGAUCAACAGAGACCCAGGACAUUGGCAUCAUAGCAAGGAUUCUUGUUAAACUGUUAAUAAAACUGAUCAGAAACAUUGAGAUAUCAUUACAUGAUGUACAUGUCAGAAUCGAUGAUGAGCUUUCUCUGAUCAAUGGGGCAUGCUCUGCUGGAUUUGCUCUUCAACAUGUGAAGAUAAACGAAGACAAGGAGAUUUAUGAAAGGCAAGUCUCAUCUGAGAGUAAUGCUUCAGCUAAAACAGUUGAUGUUGCCUCUCUUUGUGUCUACUGGAAUCCAAAUGUAGAGAAAGACUCUCUCCUUUCUCAUCUCCCUCAGAGUUUUGCCAUGGAAAAGCUGAGGACUACAAAUCCAUCUACUACCAAUACUCUUGGAUGCUGCUAUGUUUUAAAGCCGUUUUGUAUGUCGGGGUCCGCCAUAAUGACUAAUGGAACACUGACACUCAUUCAAUGUGUAUUAGAUGUUAACCUAAAAGAUGUUGACAUUGAAUUAUCUAAGGAACAGAUUAGAGUGUCUGUUCAGUGUUUGGGAUAUCUUAAGCACCAACAGAAUACAGUUAUCUUUCUUGAGCACAGACCAAAUCAGUCCGUGCACAAUAACCCUAAACUAUGGUGGUUGUAUGCUGUCAAGUGCAUACGAAUGUACUUCAAUCGUAGUAAGUGGGACUGGCUUGAACUAAAAGAACAAAGAGAGCUUCGUACUAGUUACUCCAAACAUUAUGAAGAAUUAUUAAAGAAAGGAUCAAACAGACAUCUUAAAAAGAAGCUGCAGUCAUUAGAGGACGAAAUGAGUCCCCUCAAUAUUCUUGUCGGUAGAAAGAAAGCUGAAGACUCCUUCAUGAAAGAAUCCGUUCAGCAGUCAUCAUCAAAUCGUAAGCAAACCAAGAGACGAUUUUCAUGGAUGAGACCACCCAACAAAUGGAAAUUAAGUUCUGGUCCUACUGGAGAUGAUGCUAAGGCUCAUGCAGUCCUAUACAGUGUAUCUGCUCAAUGCUCUGCAAAUGACAUUAGCUUCACACUGACUGAUGAGCACAAAGUGACUAAAGAGCCGGUCCAGUUAUUCACAUUGGAAUUGAUUGAGAGCAGGCUGGGCGUCAUGAAGAAAGAAACAUCAUUAAAUUUUGAAGUGACUCUUGGUAAUGUGAAUUGUGUUGGAGGAGCUCCUGACACUGCUCAAGAUGAUAGUGACACUACCCGCCCUCAACUACUGAUGUGGGGAAAUGAAGACAAAGAGUCACCUGUCUUGUUGGUAAAGCUUGACAGUAAAGCUGUGCAUCAUUCGGCAGUUAAUAGCAGCCAACAAGAAGGAGGGAGUGUUUUGGCUGGCGGGGGACGCUUUGAUCACAAGAUUACAACAACAUUAAAGCCGUCAGUGAUCAUACUGGACUGGCGUACUGUGCAAUACUUAUCAGAAUUCAUAGCAUUACUAACAAGCACACAUAAAGAUCUUAAAGAUGCCGUGACUGAGAGAGUGAAGGAGGUUGGUAGGGAGGGACAGAUGAAGCUCCGUCAUUUUAUUGCAAACAAAGAGUUAGCCUCAGUCACUGCUGACCUUCACCUUCCACUUAUUGUAUUGAAAGAUACACUAAUUGAUAAACAGCAACACAUAGCUCUCCAUUGUGGACACCUGUCACUCCAAACAACUGAAAAUAAAGAAGGAGGCAGUAACAAAGGAAUAACUGUUAUAUUUAAUGGACAGAUUAAAGGGAUUAAACUCAUACUACAGCAGGAGGAUAUAGAAACUCCUCACUGGCUUAACCUGCUAACCCAAUUACAAGAUAAUGAUUACACUAACAAGACUCUCACUGGACUAAAGGAUGACUCUGUAUUAAUAUGUAGAGUGGACACUCUAUUGACCAUUGCUACCUACACUACAUUCUACAGUAUCUUAAUUCCUUCUCAGUUAAUGGUCAACGCUAGCAGUCCAGAAUUACAUGUCAGCUUUUCUAACAGGCAACUGGAGGAUAUAUUGGAGUUCUUUUAUGGACAACUGUCGUCAUUGUCAGUAGCAGUUAAGACAGCAACCAAUACACUACAACAAACUAGUGAUGCUAGUAAUGAUGAAGAAGUUGAUGGCCCUAUAUUCCUAAUGGAUGACAGUAGUACCCUAUCAGAUAUGGGUAGUCUUGAGCCAUUGGUAUCAACAAUGUAUCACGAUCUCAAGAGAUUCUCCGUAUCUCCUCACUCUCCUAUCCUUGGUCGCUCUGUUACUCAACUCAAUUUUGAAGAAGACAGCGAUAGAGGUGAAGAUUAUGCAGUAUUGACUAUUGAUGCUUCCAUUAACAAAAUUGAGGUCCAUCUACAGCAAGAAUCGAAUAAGAAUUGGGUGAGAGGGUUUGUAGCAUUGCAAGUCUCCAUAGUGAGCCUGGUCUAUGAGAUGAGGGAACAGGCAUCACAGCUGGUCCUACGAGUUGAUCAAGUUUUAUUGAGAAACGUAUCAAGAUCAGAUAUUAAUGGAUCUUCAAUAAAGUUGUUUGAAACUUUUAAAGAAUUUCUUGUUAUAAAAUACAUACAAGCUAAUCCAAAUACUCCAUUGUACACUUCAGUUUAUAAAUCAACAGAAGAACAGAACGUUAUUAAUAUCAAUUACUUUAGUCUUUGUCUUCACAGAGAAGCACUCAUUGAUGUCCUCUCAUUGUUCAUUGACCUCAACCUUCCUCCAUUCAAGAGUUUAAUGACUGUCAGUGGCGAUCCAACUGUUGCUAGUGGCAUUACUAGUAGUGGGAGUGGCCUCAAUAAAUUAAUAACAAGUGUUGCACCUCCUCCAUAUUCACCUCCUGAUUCAGCCAGAGUGUCAUAUCUGUUCUCUCUUAAAGGGUUUGCUCUCACACUCUCAACAGAAAAUACAGGAACUCUCAUUGAAGCUAAGAUUAGCGAGUCCAGUCUGUCGUAUAUUGAUAAAUACAAUAAUGGAGAGAUUACUGGAAGUUUUCAGACAGUUUCAGUCAUUGAUAAACUCAUAGAUUAUUCCCCUCACUAUCAGGUGCCACCGGUGUUAUCAAGUCCAACUGGUAAUCGUUUCAUGGACGCUAAAGUAUGCACAUUAAAAAAAAUAUAUAUAUAG